CGACCACAACAACAAGAACAACAAUACCUUCCACUUCAAAAGACCCAAAAACCAAAAAACAUUUUUCUUGGAAUCAAUUUGAACCAUCCUCGCUUCUUCUCCAUCUUUUGUCAUUUUCCUCCUCUCUCUCUCUCUCUUUCUCUGCACAUUCACUUUAUUUUACUGCACAACCAUGGCUGAGGCUGGCUAGAUCCAUCUCCCAUCUUCCCCUAAGAAGCUACCUCUCACUUUCUCCAUUCCAAUUCCCACCCUUUAUAUUUCACCUCCAUUUCCCAUCCUUUUCCUUCUCACUUCUCACUUCCCCACUUCGUUUCCUUUGUAAAGUCUCCGGCUUUCAUAAUUCAUAUUAUUUACACACAACUAGAAUUAUGGAUUCUGUUUCCAAACAGAGGAAACACUUGUCCUUACAGGACAGACCACGAAUGCUGAAAGAUUUUCUCUUGGACGAUUUAAAUUCGUGCUCUUCCGGCGGGUUCAAGUCUCUUACAAGACGAGCACCUGACGAGGACGACCAGAUCAUUCCAAAUCUCAAUUCAGGCAACUCAAGACUACAGGGAAGUCGAUCGAAAGCUGUCGCCACAACAAUUUCGACAUUCCAGGCCGUGAUCAAUGCCGUCAAGAACAUCCAUUUCGCUGUGGUUAAAUCCCCUUCAAUUUUGCCGAGAAGCCUAUCGCGGAGGCUGUCCAGGAGGAACUCGGGUGAUCGGAACGGUGAUAAUAAAGAAAACGAGGUCAAAGUCAAUGUUCUUACAGUCAAAGACAUCAUGAGGUGGAAGUCGUUCCACGAUUUGGUGGACGAAAAAUACCGGCCGGUGGAUUUUGCUUCUUCGCCCCAACACUGCACCACCGCCACCGUCACCACCACUACGACCGGCUCCACCAACACCCCGUGCAGUAGUAGCGGCUCCAGCUGGUGCGAGAGUGAUUUUACGUCGGAGUAUUCACCGGAGGAAUGCGGUGAAAAGUACUUACCCUGUGUCGGCAAGGAUUUGUUAAUGGAGCCGACAACAGCGACGGUAUCUGAGCCUACAGUGGGGCCUGAGGGGGAAUUGGAUUAUGAGGAUGAAGAACAGCAGAGCCCUGUUUCGGUGCUUGGAUUUCAAAAUGAAGAAGAUGACGAAUCAAUAUCCUCUUUCAGUCAAAGUCUUGCAAACGUGGAGAGGACAAAGCAAAAUCUUAUGCAAAAGAUUCAGCGUUUUGAGUGUCUGGCCAAAAUGGAUCCUACCAAUCUAGAAGAAUGGAUGUCAAUGGAAGAAAUCAGCGGCUCUGAAGCAGAACAUGAAGAAUAUGAUUACGAAAUGGAAGAAGCAGAUGAAGGGGAAUUGGAUUAUGAGGAUGAAGAACAGCAGAGCCCUGUUUCGGUGCUUGGUUUUCAAAAUGAAGAAGAUGACGAAUCAAUAUCCUCUUUCAACCAACGAGUGGUGCGCGACGCGGGUCGGGUCCGGAUUAAUUGGGGCGAAACCUCAGAUACUGGACGGAAAACCAAAAAAAAAAAAAAAAUCCUCUUUCAAUCAAAGUCUUGCAAACGUGGAGAGGACAAAGCAAAAUCUUAUGCAAAAGAUUCAGCGUUUUGAGUGUCUGGCCAAAAUGGAUCCUACCA